AUGAGAUACCCGGACAUUAUCUUGACUGUCGGAACCUUGGCUAUGGGCGUUGCCGCCCAAGUCAGCUCCAACGGAUCUGCUAUAUUCCCCUUGAGCAAUGACACAGAGUUUGCGUUUAUGCUGGAAGCUACACUGUCUCAUUCCAACAAUUUCGGGGCGAACACUGGUGAAGUUCUCCGAGCUGCUAGUCAGAUCAUUCCCGGCGACUUCGACAGCUGGUACAGAGAGUUCAUCUUUCUAGCGAAUCAGAUACACGGCAAAGCAGAAGCCAUCAAUGCCAAGCGUUUUCCUGUAUCGGCUCGUGAAGCAUACUUCAGAUCUGCGACCUACUACCGCGCUGCUACCACAUUCCUGUACGCCAACAUAAGCGAUCCACGGAUUUAUUCAGUCUGGGAUUCUGCUUUGGGAGACUUUGACAAAGCCAUCUCUCUGCUUCCAGUCCCGGCCGAGCGAGUGAAUAUCCCAGCCAAUAAUUUCACCAUACCUGCCAUCUUUUACUCUGCCCAAAGUUCAGUAAAUACACCCAACAACCAUCAACAAAGUCCUUUCAAUUCCACGAAGCGUCCUACAGUAAUUGUAGGCAGUGGAUACGAUGGCUCACAAGAAGAGCUCUACCACUCUAUUGGUCGUGCGAUACUCGACCGUGGCUGGAACUUCAUUACAUACGAAGGUCCAGGCCAGCCAACGGUUCGCCGGCAGCAAGGACUGGGAUUCAUCCACAACUGGUGGGAAGUUGUCACUCCUGUUGUCGACUACUUAACAAAGCGUCACGACGUGGAUAUGGACAAGAUUGGUCUCAUUGGAGUCUCAUUCGGCGGGACAUUGGCACCACUUGCGGCCUCUCGUGAAGACCGUCUGUCGGCUGUUGUGGCAAUUGACGGACUUACUGACUUGUUCAGCGCCCUUCAAAGCCAGUUUCCGCCCCAGAUCAACUCCCUUUUCGAAAGUGGCAAUAAGACAGAGUUUGAUGCACUGUUGCUUUCCUUUAUUGGCAAUCCGGCUAUGCCAACCGAGCUCCGAUGGAUAAUUGCCCAGUCAUUGUGGGUUUUCAAAACUACAAGUCCCUUCGAGUGGUUAACAAAGCUGCGAGACUUUAAAGUUGACCAAACUGUGGCCAACGGUAUUCAUUGCCCGGUGCUCAUUGGCGAGGGAGAGAAUGACAGCUCGGCACCGGGGCAGGCCCAAGAAAUGAUGCAAUUUCUCAGGAGGAAAGCCACUUACAACUUAUUCAAGACAGAUUUGGGCGCUGGCGAGCACUGCCAGCUUGGAGCAGAAGCACAGGUUGCGCAGGUCACACUUGACUGGCUAAGUGACGUUUGGGAGGGUAUCAAUGUCCCUCACAAUAUGACUGGCGGCGUUUAUUAA